CAGCCAGAGGGUUUGGGGUUUGGGAUAGAGUGAAAGAGAAGGAGAAAGAAAGAAAAAAGAACGAGAGAGAGAGAGAGAGAGAGAGAUAGAGAAAGAGAGAGAUGGGCUGUGAAAUGAUCCUGUGGAAAUACCGUUCACUCUUCUCUCUGAUUGUCCUGAGUGUGGGCAGCUCUGAGCUGCACCAUGGCUUGGCGGCCCCCGUGCCAGACCAAGGGGACAGAGCAGUGGCCAAAAUGUUCCCCAGAGGCAGCCACUGGGCAGUGGGCCAUUUGAUGGGGAAAAAGAGCAUCAGUGACCUCCCUUAUGACUACUCCAGUAGUGAUAAUGUGGUGUACCCAGGCCUGUUGGAAGACGCCAAAAGACUGGAGGACAACUUGCAUUGGAAUGAGAUGGUGAAGAACAUCUUACAGCUGUGGGAGGGCUCUGCAUCCAGAAAGGUUCAGAGUUUAAGGAAUGACUUCCCAGUGUUCAACAAGAAACCUUGGCAAAAGGCUCUAGGUGGAAACUAUAAGGAGAUGGCAGAUUUCCUCCUGCAGUUUAUGAGUCUGAAGGACGAAACCCCAAGCUGAACGCGUGACCCAAAAGCUGGACUACUACUUUCUUUUUCCUCCAAGUGUUUAGCUGUACCAAAUACCAGACAGAAUUGCUUUUGUUUUCAAACAACUAAAUGUUCUUGUAUCUCUGAACACAGACUGAAUGUUUUUUUUUCGCACCGCAAGUUAUGUUUCGAUGUUUUUAAUGUAAAUAAAUAUCAGUAGGGAAGGUCUUCCAAUAUAAGAUCAUAAUUUUACUACUUCAGUGUUUUAUAAUCGUUCAUCCUUCCUUCCUUGCUACCUUCCUUCUGAUGUGAAGCUGUGUUAACAAAUGCUGAAUAAAAAUAUUAACAGGUAUC